AUGUCUGUGUCUUUGAAAAUAAAGCCAGUUUUGUCCUUUGCUUCCGAGUGUCUCGUGUUUCAUAUAGUGUUUCACUCCCACAGCUUUAGGUGUUGCCACAUCAGAUUCGGGGACAGAUGGCAAGUCCCCUUUCCGAUAUCUGGCUCUAAGCAGAGCUCGUAGCAAGGAGAGAAACGAGGCAAGGCAAUGAAAACCUCUCUCUUGCAGCAGUGGUUCCUUACGUCCCUUCUCAGUUGUGUCUUUGUGUUGGGAUGUGCUGAGAAGGAGCCAGCACCCAAAGGUACCCCUGAAGAUGCGAGAAAACCAGUACAGUUGGAGGAUGUUGCAGCCGUGGCCGCAUUUGUCAGUGCAGCUGAGGUGGUUGUCGUUGGAUUCUUCCAGGAUCCAGAGCGACCAGAACUUUCAGAAUUCCUUAAAAUGGUACAAGAUAUGCAAGAUGUACCGUUUGGGCUCUGCACCUCCUCUAAUGUUCUUUCCCAUUAUAAUGUCACAACAAACACCAUCUCCCUCUUCCGAAUGGUGGAUAACAAGCAGCAAGACCUGGAAAUCAAAGACAGCAGCGGAAUUGACGCCACCAAGCUGAGUCGCUUUGUUCGGAUCAAUGAACUCCGCUGGGUAACCGAGUACAACCCUAUGACUGCAGUAGGUAUCUUUAAUAGUACCAUUCAGACCCACCUUCUCUUGUUCACUGACAAGUCAUCCCCAAAGCAUGCGGAGAUGAUGGACAAGUAUCGUGAAGCAGCAGUUCUCUUCCAAGGGAAGAUUCUUUUUAUCUCAGUGGACGUCCGUGCAAAGGGCAAUGACAGGGUUAUGUCUUAUUUCCGACUGAAGAAGUCUCAGCUGCCUGCACUGGCUGCAUUCCACACACCAGAUGAGGAGCAGGAGGUGCUGUCCGUGGAUGAAGUCUCCCUGGAGACUGUAAGGGGUUUUUGCAAUGGUUUCUUACAGAGAAAGGAAUUGGUGAGUGCACAGGAUGACAACUGGGCUGACCAAUCACAGCUUUCUGCUCAAUUAUCAACCCCACCCCCUGGAAAUGUUGUUCCCACUUUUCCACUUCAAUCUGAUGUCUAG